CAUAAAAAUGACCCAAGAACCGUCAGACACCAGUGAUUAUCAACGAUUUGAUGAAAUGCUUCUUCAUUUGGAGCCAAGAGGGGCAAGAGUUCCUUAUAACGUUGUUUACGACCAAGACAACAAUAUAUGGGUAGCUUCAAAAGGCGGUUUAUAUAAAUUCAACGGAAAAACUCUCCGAACUCUGCACGAAGACAAGAAAUUCUUCAAGAAAAUGGCCCCAUUUCCACAAGUAAUUUCGUACAAAGACAGGAUAAUCUACACAUCAGCUGAAUUCUCUGAUCGAACGACAAUUUUAAGAGUAAUUUCACUUGAUGGAGAUGUUGUUCAUGAGUCGUUUAUCGAAGGAUUAUUAAAUUCCAUGACAAUCACUGAUAGUGGCGAUAUGUAUAUUGUGAAGCAAGCUGAACCAGGACAUCGAAACAAUUUUAUCAUGACAACACACUUGGACACUCCAAUCGGUUGGGAUGUUGUUGCUGAAUCAAAGCCUGGAGAAGCUUUUUCACGAAUUUGUGCACUUGAUGACAAGACUUUGGUGGCUUCAAUCAACGAUUUUCCAAUGAAUAUGUUCUCAAAACAACGACUUGUAUUCUACGAUUUGGAAACAAAUACUGAAACAGGAAGCACAUCGAAAGCAGGAAAAGAGCCCGGAGAGAUAUUUUUCCCGAGAUUCAUCAAAAAAUAUGGAGAUGGAUUCAUCCUAAACGACAAAUCUGGACGAUUCUCAGAGUUCAAGAAAAAUGGGGAAUUCGUGGCAAUUCGUGCUCGAAUCGAUGCAUUUUUGGGCGAAGGAUUUGAUGUAAAAGACGGAGAAGCUCUGAUGGCAUUGACUGGAAUGGUUAAAGAUCCAAAUGAACAAUUAAUUUGUGAUGAUUGGUUAGAAACUAUAAAAUUGGACGGAUCCUCGUGGAAAGCAGAUAGAGAAAAGAAGAAACAAGAAGACGAGCAAGCGAAAAAUUGAUUUUUUUUGUCUAAAAUUCCCAUUAAGAUAUUGUUCUCAGUCUUUCUUCACUUAAAAAAAUCAUGCGAAUUAUCGGAUUUUAAAAAAUCUAAAAAAAAUAGUUUCAAUUUCAGUCAAUAGAAUUUUAGUCGUAUAACUUUGGGUUGUUCACUUCACUUCAUUCCAAAAUAGCUUUCAAUUGUUUUGUGUUUCAACAACAAAAAAUCUGUGAUUUGACCAUUUAUUCUUUUAUCUUGCCUCCGAAUAAAUAUUCACUUAAGAAAAGU